AUGCUCCGCGAGCAAGUGGCUGAUGCAAUGGAUAUCCGGGUUGCACUGAGAAGAAGAAGAAGGAGUGAUUCUGAAAUGAAAUGUGUUGUUCACUGAAGAUAUGCGAGGGGACCUUUGAACAGACCAUCCAUCGAAACUCUACCAGAUACAACUUACACAAAAAUAAAAAAAAUAAAAAGUGUCCCUUUCCAUGUUUUCCAAAGAUUCCCAGACACAUUGCCGCCAACGCGCCUAAUCGAAUGAGCAACUCAUAAAACGCCCUAAAACUGUCGAUUCCCCUCACUUUCCGUCGCGAAAUGCGCGCAUUUUCCUCUUUCUCGCCCUUCUUCCCAUCCUCAUUCCACGUGCGUUCGCAUCGAAAAACACGAAUUCCUCGCCCGAUCUUCCCAAAAAUAUUGUCCAAGAGUACAUCAAACAGUACGUUUUUGCUCUAUUUAGCUCCGGAAUACGAUGCAUUCAGACACGCCGACUUCUCCGUGGAUCCUUGCGAUGACUUCUUCGCCCACGUGUGUCCAGCCUCGACCAAAGGACGAUUCUUCGUGGAACUUGCCGCCUUGAAAGCGAAAAUAGUCGGAGAGUUCAGGCACAGCGAUCAGCGAAGGGAUGCUGCGGAUUUCGAGCAGAAAUUAGAGACUCUGAGAAGAAUAAUCAAAUCCCGGAGCUUCAAAAAUCUGUGCCAAGUCAGCGAGAAAGUGAUGUCGAACUUUUCCCGCCAAUUCGUCACGAUCUAUCCUGGAGACCAGGAGGGUCUGGACACCUUCAACAAUAUGAGUUGUGAGGAUAAACUGAAAAUGGUAACGGAUCUCGAGGAUCCGGCCGUUCUCUACGUUCGUUCCCUGUUCUGCCCUGUAUUUCCAUCUUUCAAAUGUUUCAGGAGGCCACGCGUCGAGAGCUCUCCUUGGCGCUCAAUGCCCACAUUGCCAAUCAGCAGGCGCAUGUGUUGGAUCACAAAGUUCGCAUUUUCUACAAUAAACUGAAAAACGCGGUGCGUUCGGCGAUCAAGAGAACCCCGUGGGCGAAGAACAAUCGAGCAGUCAGCAAGUACUUGCACGCACUCAACAAGAUCAUAUUCACCACGUUCGCCGAUGCACGGAACACUUCAACGACGGCCUUUCAGAUUCACUCUUCGAUAACCGAAAAGUGCUUAAAACAGUAAGUGAACAAUGGGAUUACAUUUGAGAGUUUCCUUUAGAUUGGGAGAAGAAGUUGACGAGGAGAGGAGGAACAUCAUCUGCGACGUGAUCGCUUCCGGAGCAGCCAAACGCGCUCUCCACAGACCGAUCGAUAAAAUUUACGCGCAAGAUUGGGAUGAGAUUCUUGCCGACCGCAUAAGUGUGUUCAAUUCUAAAGAUGUACGGGUUUCCCAUUCAGUUUCUAGUUUUCUGCUCAUGUUUAAACUGUUUUCAGGAUCGCGUCUACAUGGGAAACGACAUCAUGCUCCUGAUGAACACAGAUUACCUGUCUGACCUGGUAAUUUCCAUUCUUUUUCGUUCCAGAUAUCAUUGUUUCAGUACGGAAGCGUGGGCUUCAUGUUGACCCACGAAAUCAUGCACACUUUUGUGUUUGACGACCUCGACAUCGCCAGUAACAAGUCGUUGGUUCCGUUUUGGACGAAGGAUUACAAAUGCGUUGAGGAACAGAAUCUGAAGACUUGCGAGACGUUCCCGACUGCGGUAAACACUCACUGCCAUUCUCAUUAUCAGUUCACUUCAGACUUGUGACGCUCGUCGGACAUUUGAGGAAGACGCCGCCGACAUGGCCGCCUACCGAAUCGUCUGGGACCUCUAUCGGAAGGCGUAUCAGAGGAAAACGCGAGUGGAAAACUAUGAAGCGCUCGACAAGAAGCAGCUUUUCUUCUACGGAGCCGCCGUCGUGUUCUGUGAAGAGAACGGGCUCAAAAACAAGUAUUACUCGAUGGAUCCGCACUCAACGCCUAUCAGAGAGUCAAUUCGGUCAUGUCGCAGAUGGACGAGUUCGCCGAGGCAUUCACGUGCAAACCGACGGACAAAAUGGUGGUGAACAAGGCACGGCACUGCGAGCUCUACGGAAGCAAGGCGUCGGCAACGAGUGAAAAGAAUGGCGGAUGA